AUGGAUGAAAAGCUGAUCAAACAGACGUUUGAUGCCGGGAUGAAAAGGAAACGGGUCCAGUGGGGCAAUAUGAACUGCUGUCACCUCCCUGAGGAGGAAGGUGAGACUCAGAGAGCCCUGGACUUGCCCAAGGCCCCAAGGGUUCCUGGUCCUAUAAAGGUGGUGGUGUCUCUCCAGUGUCGAGGGAAGUUUGUGGAGAAGACGCAUUCGUGCCAAGGGCCCAAGCCUAACAAGGCCUUGGCACGUGGCAAGCACGGAAUAAAUGCUGAGGAUGACUCCGCGUUUGCUGCUUCAGGUCUUCGGGACUAUUUCCAGCGUAGCAGGGGCUGGGAGGGGGCGCUAGCGCCACGGAAGCGAGGAGAGUCGUCUCUAACUCUGGGAGGGCAGUCGGUGAUCCAUACCGGCGCCCCCAUUCUGGUGUCUCUGGCCAACAAGGCCGUUUCCUUCGGCUGCAGCAUCACCUACCUGUACACCCCAAAAUUCAAAACCUUCACCGUCAGCUACUUUCACGUGGACCUCCAGGGCCAGGAGAGCUCCAAGAAGCUGACCAGCUGCCAACCCAGCACAGGCACAGAGAACCAGACCCACACCACGCAGUGCGAGGUCACCCUCAAGCUGCCCAGCGCGUCGGCCACUGGCACCUACUAUUGUUUCGUCCGCUGGCCACACUUAAGAGUUAAAGGCAAUGGCACCUUCAUCCUGGUCAGAGACACGGGCUACCAAGAGCCCCCACAGGGCUCCCAGAAGAUCCUGUUCUUUUGCUUCAUUGGCAUCCUGAGUGUCCUGAGUGUCCUGGGCACAGCUCUGCUGCUCUGGAAGAAGAAACAGAUGUGGGCUCCACGGAAGCAGCUAGCCCGGAAAGGCCCAGCCCCGAGCACCGCCAGCUCAAAGCAGCCUCCCACCGAAUCCGUCUACACGGCCCUGCAGCGCCGAGAGACUGAGGUUUACGCCUGCAUGCAGAACGAGGCUAGCAGCCCGCCUCCCAGCCAGAGCGUCUUCUCCCAGGAGAAACCACAUGGAUUUGAGAAUGACAGUGACUUUAAUAUGGUCUAUGAAAAUCUCUAGCAUGAGCUGUGCCUGCGCACAGGUCUUGCCCUGGCUCAGAGGCUCUGGGGCAGCCUCUUCCCACAAAGGACGUGAUCUGUACCAGGAAUGAGGCCCCAGGGGCACCCCAUUACCUCACCCCCACAUUCCAGGCCCUUCCUGCCUUGGCCUGCCCCACCCCCUAUUCUGCACCCCAACCAUACCCAGUUUCCCGUCUGCAGGCCUUUGUCCAAGCUGUCCCCUCCACCGGGCGGGCCCUUCCUCAGUCUUCGAGGGCUCUCUUGGACACCACCUGGCCCCAGAGCCCUCCUCGUGAGACCCACAGGCUCUCUCAGCACAGCCUGCAAGGCCGACUGUGAGCUGCUCCGGAGGGACCUGGCGAGGGGUCCUCGUCAGUGCCGUUGUGGAGAGGAUGAAUAAAGGAGCACGUGUGCAGAUGCCCCACCUCCCUGCCCCCGCCCAGCGAGGCCAGAGGCACAGGCAGCCCCCGAGGUAGAACAGGAGGCGAGAUGGGAUGGAUGGGGUAUAAAUGAAGCGUGCAGAGGACAGAGCUGGGGGCUGAGGAGGUGGCCGAGUGCCUGGAGGCCUGGAGCAGGGAGGGUCUGGGCACAGGCUGGUGAGGAAGGCGAUUUGGGUGGUUCCGAGCGAGAGAUGCCAAGGUGCUAGCUGAACCGGAGCUGAAGAACGUCCAGCAAGGACCUGAGGUUGUCUCCCAUUGGCCUGACCCUUUGUACCUACUGUGCCCAGUGCUUUGUCACCCUCUUUUUCACCCUCAGGGCCUCAGCUUGUUCCUUCUUCCAUCCUGAGACCCGGUCCCCCAAAACUCCCUCUGUCUGGCCCAUCCUGACCCCACCGACCUCUUCUGCCCUUUAUCCGCCUAUGCCGAGCCCUGGUCCCCUGGGAAUGGAGGCCAGACCAGCUCCUUCCCUCCUGGCGCAGGGCCAGUCCAGCUGCCUCCAGGUCACCUCUCUCUGUCGUGGUCUAGCUGCAUGGCUUGGCGCCUGGGUCCUCCCUGGGGUGGGCCAAGGGGUUCCUUCAUGUUGUAGAAGCUCGGGCCCCAUGUGGACAGUGGUCCCUUUUCUGUGGCUCCCAGAGCUCCCG